AUGGCGACAGCAAGCAACAGUCCCUCUGGGGACCUCACAUCCCAGAUUCUUCUCGCUCUGUCCGUGAAGGAACCUGUCCUGUCCGCCGAGUACUUCCCGGAGUUCCAGUUCGCCGACCUGAAGGCGGCUCUCGACCGACUUGCCAGCCGUUCCAUGGUAAAGUACGAGUCAAUUGAGCGCGAAGAAGCAGUUCUCGAGGUCGAGGGCAAGCAGAUUGCCGAACAUGGCAGUCAUGAGGCUCGUGUCUUCGAGGCGGUGCGCAAAGCUCUGGAGGGUCUGACGAUCCAGGAGCUUGAGGCUGCUAUUGGCGACAAGAAUGUCACCAAGUUGGGUCAGGGCAAGGCCUUUAAGAACAAGUGGGUGAAGAAGGAGGCUACUGGAAAGCUUGUUGCGACUACUGAGUCGAUCCAAGACGAGACCCAGGCCCAACUCAAGGAGAUCCAGGAGAAGCACACCCAUGACUCGAAGGUCAUCACGGAUUUGAAGAAGCGCAAGCUCAUCAAGACCCAAAAGGUCAUUACUUUCAAGAUCCAGAAGGGACCGGAGUUCGCUCUCGAGAUCAAGAGGGAGGAGACGGACCUUACGGCCGACAUGAUUGCCUCUGGCUCGUGGAAGACUGCCAACUUCAAGCCCUACAACUUCAAGGCCCUCGGUGCCGAUCAAAAUGCUGGUGCCCUUCACCCUCUGAACAAGGUCCGCCACGAGUUCAGACAAAUCUUCUUUGAGAUGGGAUUCGAGGAGAUGCCCACCAGCAAGUUCGUCGAGUCUGGCUUCUGGAACUUCGACGCUCUCUUCGUCCCCCAACAACAUCCCGCAAGAGAUCUUCAGGACACCUUCUAUAUUUCCGACCCCAAGAUUGCGGACAAGCCCGGCCCUGAGUCUGCGGACGACAAGAAGGACUACGAGACGUACUGGGAGAAUGUUAAGCAGGUGCACCAAGAUGGAAAGUUCGGCUCGAUCGGAUACCGCUAUCCCUGGGCUGCCGAUGAGGCUCAGAGAUUGGUUCUCCGUACUCACACGACCGCCAUCUCUACGGCUGUACUUCACCAGCUGGCUGCCAAGAAGGGACCUGAUGGCAGGCCUCCUCCGGCCCGCUACUUCUCCAUUGACAGAGUCUUCCGUAACGAGAGCGUGGAUGCCACACAUUUGGCCGAGUUCCACCAGGUUGAGGGUGUUAUCGCUGACUACGGCCUGACUCUGGGUGGUCUGAUGGAGUUCAUGGAGAUCUUCUUCAACAAGAUGGGCAUCACUGACAUCAAGUUCAAGCCUGCCUACAACCCUUACACAGAGCCCAGCAUGGAGAUUUUCUCCUUCCACAAGGGCUUGAACAAGCUCGUCGAGAUUGGUAACAGCGGUAUGUUCAGACCAGAGAUGCUGGAGGCGAUGGGUCUGCCCAAGGACAUGAGAGUAUAUGGCUGGGGACUCUCUCUGGAGAGACCGACAAUGAUCAAAUACGGCAUUUCAAACAUUCGUGAGCUGCUUGGCCACAAGGUGGAUUUGAACUUCAUCGAGAGGAACCCGGCGGUGAGAUUAGAGAAGAACUAG